UCGUAUUCUGUCGUUGAACUGUCAUUCAUUGAGAAAGUACGAAACGCUUCGGGUAAAUCGCAUGGCUAAUUACGAGUCCUGCGGUAAGUGGGUCCCCAAGGAGGGAGAGUUAGCAUUUACCUGUAAAUGGGCAUUAAUUAAAAUGCAACAGUUUAAGCUAAUAGGAAAUACUUGACAUACGUUUCGUUAACCGUUCGCCGUUUGACAAUCUACAAAGUGGUUGCCAAGCGGCAUAAAAUGCUAGAAUUAUUUGCUUAAAGCCACAGCCAAAGUCAACUAUGUACAACGGGCAACGACAACAACAACAACAACGACAACGACAAUGAAAUGAAUGAAAUGUGUUUGCCCCACCUCAUUAGGCUGGCGUCGAAGCCGCAGCGGCGUCCAGAGCGUUUUCUGUGCGUUGUCUGUUGUCUGCGUGGGCAACAUGCAAAUUGUUGUCGCUUUUCGUGUUCAGUUGCCGCGCAAACCUUUAGCUGAGCAGACGACGGACUUGCGAUUAACGAGACCCAAAGGAUGGACGUUGAGAAGGAUACUGAUGUGGAAAUCGAGCUGAACCAUCCGUUGCGGCGUCGAUUGCGUCGUUUGCUGUCCGCCAAACAGCUGUACGAAUGCCUCCGUCCGCUCUUCCAUGUGACCUAUUUGCAUGGAUUGACUUCGUUCUACAUCAGCCACAAUGAUGAGACUGGUCAACGGGAUAUCAAGAAGUCCUGGUUCGGCUAUGUUAAUGGCAUACUCCAUAUCGGUAUCUAUAGCGUCUGCUAUAUUCUCACGAUAUGCAACAGUUGUGAGUCCGUUGCCAGCUACUUCUUCCGUUCGAGGAUUACGUACUUCGGCGACAUGAUGCAGAUUGUCAGUGGCCUCAUUGGCGUCACUGUCAUCUAUCUAACGGCCAUCAUACCGAAGCAUCGGCUGGAACAGUGCCUGCAAAAGUUUUACACCAUGGACAUGCAACUGCACAGUGUUGGCAUCAAGAUAAUGUACAGCAAAGUGCUACGUUUCAGCUAUGCUGUCAUGAUCUCCAUGUUUGUGGUGAACUUUGCCUUUUCCUGGGGCACUUUCGCUGUCCUCUAUUCGUCGCAAGUGUCGCCUACUUUGGCUUUGCAUUUCACGUUCAUUAUCCAGCAUACGGUCAUCGCGAUUGCCGUCACCAUGUUCUCCUGCUUCACAUAUCUCGUCGAAAUGCGGCUUGUGAUGGUCAACAAGGUGCUGAAGAACCUCGCCCAUCAGUGGGACACUCGCAGCCUUAAGGCUGUCCAGAAGCAGCGUUCUCUGCAGUGCCUCGACUCAUUUUCCAUGUACACCAUUGUGACAAAGGAUCCCGCUGAAAUCAUACAGGAGUCCAUGGAGAUACAUCAUCUGAUUUGCGAGGCAGCUGCAACGGCCAACAAAUACUUUACGUACCAACUGCUCACAAUCAUUUCGAUUGCCUUUCUCAUCAUUGUCUUUGAUGCGUAUUAUGUGCUGGAAACAUUGCUGGGCAAAUCGAAGCGAGAAAGCAAAUUCAAGACUGUUGAAUUUGUGACAUUCUUUUCAUGUCAAAUGAUACUGUAUUUGAUAGCCAUAAUUUCCAUCGUUGAGGGCAGCAAUCGGGCCAUUAAGAAGAGCGAGAAAACUGGUGGCAUUGUGCAUUCGCUGCUCAACAAAACAAAGAGCGUCGAGGUGCGGGAAAAGUUGCAGCAAUUCUCAAUGCAAUUGAUGCAUCUAAAGAUCAACUUCACGGCCGCAGGACUCUUCAACAUCGAUCGUACGCUCUAUUUUACUAUAAGCGGAGCCUUAACAACUUAUCUCAUCAUUCUGCUGCAAUUCACAUCGAAUUCGCCGAACAAUGAUAAUGGCAAUGGCUACGAAUGCUGUGAGGCAUUGCACAAUAUGACCAACCAUACGCUCUAGUCGAUUAUGAAGUACUUCAUAGACGUCUGCAAGUGCUACUAAGUAACGUCAUGUGGUGUGCAGCAAAUAAUAUUAAGUGGUUUCCCUAGCAGUUGCUGUUACUGUUGCUUUUGCUUUUGCAUUCAUUAUAUUCUUGUAUGUAUGUUUAUAGAUUAAUUAUUAGCAAUAAACCGAUUAUCAUCGCAGAAAAUUAAUUAGUUAA